AUGCAGCAGGAAGUGUCCCUGCCUGACCCACAUAAUCAUGCUCUCACCACAGCCAGACCCCUCCCUCACCCUUUCACCCUGAUGGAGCAGAGCCACAGUGCGUACCUCCUGCAGCAGCUGCAGGAGCAGAGGAUCCAGGGCCUCCUCUGUGACUGCACUCUGGUUGUGAAUGGUGUCUGCUUCAAGGCUCACAAGAAUGUACUGGCAGCAUUCAGCUGCUACUUCAGGUCCCUGUUCCAGGCUGCUCCUCCUCACAGGAGUGAGGUCUUCCCCCUUCUGACUCAGGACGUGUCUGGCUUCGGUCAGCUGCUCGACUACAUGUACACAUCACACGUCGACAUCACAGCAGAGAACGUGACGGCGCUGUCUGAACUGGCCCAGAGUCUACAGGUGUCCAACCUUCAGACCAUGGUCCAGACGUUCCUGAAGCCGUGUGUGGUGCAGCUACACCCGAGUCCUGAGGAGGGCGCUGUGCUGGCGGCAGACUGCAUCCUUAGUAAUGAUGCGGACGUGCCCGAGUCAAGCAGCAAACCCCUGGAUCCCGAGCCCACACGACCCGAGCCCACGCGACCCGAGAAACAGCUGCAGCACGGGUACAAGCUCCGGGACUUCUACAGCCGCCAGUACUUCAAACAGCUGCAGGACACAGCCAGCGAGGCGGGUCAGGGCCCGGGAGACCCACAGCUGCAGCAGGGUCAAACGCAGAGCCAUGUUCACCCAAAUCCUCAGCCGAGCCCGUGCCCCCGAGCACCGCACCCAAGCACUUCACACACAGCAGAUCCUCUUACCAACCCACAGAACUCCAGGCCCCUCAUCCCGACCACCAUGCCUGAGCCGGUGUGUGAGGCUAUGUGUGCAGAGAUCCUCCCCCCAGGUCCCUCCCCUCUCACCCCUGGCCCCUCCUCUCUCCCCCCUCCUGACAGCAGCAGCAGCAGCAGUGCACUGGUGCGACCCAAGAAAACUGUGUAUCUGAAGAAGUACAAUUACCUGCGCUCUCAGAGAGCUCUGGAGGAGAAGAGCUCUGAGGCUCCAGCCACAAACACACUGCUGGAGAGCAGUGUGGAGCCACCAGCAGCACCUCCGUGUGCUGAGAAAGAAGAACAGGAGGUGCUGGUUCAGUCCCUGAUGAAGACUGGGGCCCACAGCCCUGACCCUGUCCCGCCAGCGCGCCCCUCAGGCCCACGCCAGUACUGCUGCAGCCACUGUGGGAAGGUGUUCAAGCACCCGAGUAACCUGGAGCUGCACAAGAGGUCUCACACUGGUGAGAAGCCGUUUCAGUGCAAUGUGUGUGGGAAACAUUUCUCUCAGGCGGGAAAUCUGCAGACCCAUCUGCGGCGACACUCUGGAGAGAAGCCCUACAUGUGUGAGCUGUGUGGGAAAGGGUUUACUGCCGCUGGAGACGUUCAAAGACACAGAGUCGUCCACAGUGGAGAGAAACCGCAUCUGUGUGACAUCUGUGGGAGAGGCUUUAAUAACAUGAGUAACCUGAAGGAGCACAAACGCACUCACUCCACUGAGCAGAGCUUCACAUGUGACCAGUGCGGGAAAUCGUUCAACACAGCGAGGAAAGUGCUCAAGCAUCGAGCACGCCAUUCUGGAGAGAAACCUCACAGCUGUGAGACCUGUGGGAGGUCGUUCUCAGGCUCCGGAGAUCUGCAGCGACACGUACGCUCACAUACGGGGGAGCGGCCGUACGUGUGCUGCGAAUGUGGCCGGAGCUUCAGCCGCUCAGCUCUGCUACGCCGGCACCGCGAGCAACACUGUCGCGGCGCCCCGCUGGUCACAGCCGGUACUGCACCCCCCACCGAGGAGCAGAGCAGCGCGAGCCCCGCCCCCAGAGACACGCCCCCAGAGGACCAGGCCGAAGCCACACACCCCCAGCCCCGUAGACUCCGCCCACAUGAGUCCUCGAGUGGGGGAGGGGGUGCACGGGCCGGGGAGGCGGGCCUUAUGUCAAGUCUGGAGAGCAGUGUGGAGCCACCAGCAGCACCUCCGUGUGCUGAGAAAGAAGAACAGGAGGUGCUGGUUCAGUCCCUGAUGAAGACUGGGGCCCACAGCCCUGACCCUGUCCCGCCAGCGCGCCCCUCAGGCCCACGCCAGUACUGCUGCAGCCACUGUGGGAAGGUGUUCAAGCACCCGAGUAACCUGGAGCUGCACAAGAGGUCUCACACUGGUGAGAAGCCGUUUCAGUGCAAUGUGUGUGGGAAACAUUUCUCUCAGGCGGGAAAUCUGCAGACCCAUCUGCGGCGACACUCCGGAGAGAAGCCCUACAUGUGUGAGCUGUGUGGGAAAGGGUUUACUGCCGCUGGAGACGUUCAAAGACACAGAGUCGUCCACAGUGGAGAGAAACCGCAUCUGUGUGACAUCUGUGGGAGAGGCUUUAAUAACAUGAGUAACCUGAAGGAGCACAAACGCACUCACUCCACUGAGCAGAGCUUCACAUGUGACCAGUGCGGGAAAUCGUUCAACACAGCGAGGAAAGUGCUCAAGCAUCGAGCACGCCAUUCUGGAGAGAAACCUCACAGCUGUGAGACCUGUGGGAGGUCGUUCUCAGGCUCCGGAGAUCUGCAGCGACACGUACGCUCACAUACGGGGGAGCGGCCGUACGUGUGCUGCGAAUGUGGCCGGAGCUUCAGCCGCUCAGCUCUGCUACGCCGGCACCGCGAGCAACACUGUCGCGGCGCCCCGCUGGUCACAGCCGGUACUGCACCCCCCACCGAGGAGCAGAGCAGCGCGAGCCCCGCCCCCAGAGACACGCCCCCAGAGGACCAGGCCGAAGCCACACACCCCCAGCCCCGUAGACUCCGCCCACAUGAGUCCUCGAGUGGGGGAGGGGGUGCACGGGCCGGGGAGGCGGGCCUUAUGUCAAGUGUGACGUUAUGGGGUUUGGCCAUGAAGACUCUGCAGGACACAGACUAA